CGAUAACUGCGACGCAAGCCGAGAUAUCGGAGGAUAAGGAAAAAAUGAUCCCUGUACAGUGUUGACAGUAUCAGUAACAGCGCAUUUGUCUACGUAGAUCGCAGCAUUGCACAAAAGUAGCGAUUGUCCAGACUCAGACGUUUCUCGUGCCCAGGUAUGCCGCUGAGUGCCCAUGCAGGGUAGUUUCCAGCAGCGAAAUCCCUCCUCCGUCGCCAUGACCACGCCCCCUGUGGCCGGGGCUUGCAUGACGGCCACGCCCUUCCCCGGGCAGCAGGCGCAGGCGGCACGGGAGGUGAACACGGCAUCGCUCUGCCGCAUUGGACAGGAGACUGUGCAGGACAUCGUCUUCAGGACCAUGGAGAUCUUCCAGCUGCUGAGGAACAUGCAGCUGCCAAACGGCGUGACGUACCAUCCCAACACACACCAGGACAGGCUGGCGAAGCUGCAGGAACACCUAAGGCAGCUCUCCGUCCUUUUCCGCAAGCUGCGCCUGGUGUACGACAAGUGCAACGAGAACUGCGCCGGCCUGGACCCCAUGCCUGUCGAGCAGCUCAUCCCAUAUGUUGAGGAGGACUCCAAACACGAGGAGCACUCAUCCCAGCAGAGCCGCUAUGCCAGCGACGAGAGGAGGGAAGUGCUUGAAGUCAAUAAGAAGCUCAAACAGAAGAAUCAACAGCUGAAGCAAAUAAUGGACCAACUCCGGAAUCUCAUCUGGGAGAUAAAUUCCAUGCUCGCUGUGAGAAACUGAGCCACUGACACACACACACAAACACACACAGGUUUGUAAUUAUGUCUUUGUGGGGACUCUUCAUUCAUAUCUAUGGGGAAAACUCUAAUCACAACAUGACGACCUUGACCCCUACCCAGCCCUAACCUUAACCAUAAAUAACCAAACAAAAUAUUUUUUAGUUUUUGAUUGCAGUCUCAGAUCUAUGUGGGGAACUGAUAUUUUGAUAUUCUGGAGAUCAUUUAACAGACUUAUCACAUUGUGGGGGGCAUUGGUCCCCACAAUAUAAUAUAAACAUAAUCCCCCCCCCCACACACACACACACACACAGCCAAGGGCAGGGAGAUGACAGCUGCACUGAGCGUCUCUCUCUGACCCCAAAGCAGCACUUUAGAGCAGAGUACCUUCACAGUUCACACAGCACAGUCACCUCCAAGGGACACUUGCUACAUUGUUAUUUUGUACAUGGCGAAAAAUACGCAGAAGACUCACGUCGAGAGCCAGACCGACGUCCCAAGCCCUGUUAUCCGGAACGGAGCGUCCUGGUGGAGUUCAUUACAGUCACGGCGUCUAAGGUGUUAGCCCCGUCAAGACGUCCGCGAAAGCGCGAGUCAGCAGCGGACGUCGCUGCUGUCCCAGCGGAUCGAAUUUCCCACAAAAUGUAUGUUUGUGAAGAUAGUUUACUGCCUUACUUGUGUUUAAAUGAUCAAGAAACCUCCCUAAGGGUAGAGAAAGAGAGUCGCCUUUCUGCUUAAUGAUACCAGAUGCUUGACUCUCAUUUGACUUAGUCUGGGAGCUGCCACGCUGUUCUAUAAGUAGGCAGCACUGCACCACGAUACAUUUUACAGGGGGUUUAAAAUAUACCCCGAGAUUGCAAGGAUCUCCAGAAAAGUCAUUUUCCUGUAAUUUCUAGAAUUUCAUUUUCUAGGAUUACAUUUUAAUGGAACUUCAGAUCUUCAGUGCUUCUUGCUUUUUUUUUUUGUGGAAGAGUUUUUCAUUAAUAUUUAUGUUGUAUAAUGUAAUGGAUUACUAGAUAAAUAGGGAAGGUAUAUCUGAGAGUGCUUGUAGUUGUCUUCUUGUUUUAGCCUCUCAGUUCAAAGUCCCAUAGUCUUAAAAUUUUGAAACGAGGGUUCAAUCUUCUGAUUUUGAUGAGGUCAGCAUUUAUAUGCACAAAUCAUUCUCUGACGUCAUAUAACUAAAUGAAGGAAAGUGUUGUGUCUUAGUCGGUGUGUUUUUAAAAUAUAUAUUUGUUAUGUACAGCGCUGUAAAGCAGGGCUGAUUCAGUAGCAUUAUUGUGUAUGUUUAAUUCCUGCUGCUUGUUGGUGUCGACCCAGCCUGCUUUUAUUUUCAUGGUCUGCUCUUGCAGACGUGCAAAUUAAAUCUAUUUGUGUGCUUUUUUUUUUUUUUGAGUGUACUCAAACUAUAAAAGCCUUUCAGUUAAAAAAAAAAAAAAGAAGAAAAAUUUCCUCUAGCUGCUUAUCUGAAAUGAAAAUGUUUAAUAAUUCACUUGAUCAUCGGGUCAUGCAAGUUAUAUAAUGAGGAUGUUUUCACAAAGAAGUGUAAAAAGGACAAAGCUGAAGAGAUGAGAGGCGUUUGGUGUCUUGAAAGGAAUAGGGGGAAAAAAAAUCAAUAGGGCAAUGUUGGAAAUUUUGUGAAUGAUUGAGUUCUUGUUCUCUGAGAGUCGCAUAUUGUACAGUUUUCUUAGGGUUAUGACGCAGAUCCUUGUGCUUUCAGAAUGUAAAGGCCUCAUUGAAACACAACAGAGAAAAGUCCUUCAUCUGUGUGCAGAGUAAGGAGGCACGUGCCUGUUAACCAGCGGAACACCAGCUGGAUCCAUACUUGGAAGAGGCCAGGAACUUCAUUUUUAGCUGCAGUGUAGAGAAGGUACAUAAGCGUAAGCAGCUGCAGGCUUUGAUGUGUGGGCCUUUUUAAUUAGGUCUAAGUCUGCUUUCCAGCCGCCACCACGAGACGCGUGUCGGCAGAUUGCCUUUCAGAUGAUCACGAAGAUGUUGAUUAUAAUGGAAAUAACCAGUAAUGGUGCAGAUUCCCGACAAGAUUUUCUCGCCCAUCAACCUGUUGAAUACAACUUUUAUUUAUUUUUUUUUUUGCGAUUUAUAAAUUAUUGGCUUGAAAUAUGAUAAAUACAAAUAAACAUUAAAAUGAUGAAGCUA